CCCACCCUACCACGCCUCUGCCGCCGCCAGCCACCUUAAAUCGCCGGAAAUUAUAAACAAUCCAGCAUUCCACGUAAGCCCUGGUCCCCACGUGAUUCCCCUCGUCUUUUUCUUCCACGUAGCCACAUAUAACGAACUCCGUACGGAUCGAAUCUUCCAGAAAUAGAGACGCAUUUUCUUUGAUUGUUGAGGAUCAAUUUCGGAUAAAUGGGGCCCGUGGAUUGAUUGUAAAUCAAUCCUCGCCUUCCAUCUGUCCCGUAUUAGUUCCAGAGAGUGUUGGUUUCCAGAUUUUCGGAUUCUUUUGGGGGUAAUUUUCGAAAUUUCGGGUUUCUUAAGGCAAAAGAGAAGUUUCGAGAGAGGGAUAUAAAGAGGUCGUUUUUCAGAUUUUGGGGAGGAGAAAAAUUCGGACGGAUAGAAAAAAUCUAGGGUUUUGAUUUUGAUUUUCGAUCUUUUCACUGAUUUUCCUAGUAAUUUAAUAUUUAUAUAUAUAAAAGCAAGUUUCUUCCAUUUUCCUUUUAACUUCAGUAACCGGAAAACACAAAAAAAUUUAGUUCUUUUUCUUUCAAUUUUUGGAUAUUAAAUAUGGAGUUUAGUUGGAGUUUGGAGCCAUUUUGAGUCGUGUGAGAAUUGCUCGUGGAGGUUUCAAGGUCCCAAUUCCAGUUUCGAAUUAGUUUUGUUGCAGCCUCGUUUGCUUCCUGUCGGACGUUCGAAUUUCGACGCCGGACUUGCUUGUACUUGCAACCAAACAACGUUAAUCAAAUGAUUUCUGCAUAUGCAGAAUUUGGGUGCGAUUUGGGGCAUGCAACCCCUAAAUCUGUUGAAGGAAUGCAAAGUACCCAUGUUGAUAGAAGGACUCAUUCACAUAGCGGGACUCCCAGCGAUAGAGUAACAACGAGAUCACAAACUGCUCAACGUGUAGUUGUUGAAAAAGGAACAAGUUCAAAAAGAAAGAUUAAAAUGGUGGGAAAGGAUGUUGUGAAGGAUAAGGAUAAAGGUUCUAAAAGGAAGGCUAAAAGGGAUGGGGAUGAUAUUCUAUCAAAAAAGAGAAAAGUUCACGUUGAUCAAAAAUGUUCUAGCUCAUCUGAUUUGAAGGUAUUUUCUAAUAAUAUAACUCUGACUUGUGUGCAUUUAGUUUAUUUUAGUAUGUAGAACAUUUAUCCAAUAUAGCAGGUAUAUUCCAGAUUUGUAUAUAAAAUGUAUCAUUCUUUUUUCAUAUUGUAUAUAAUUUGUAUCAAGUCAAUAAGUAAUGUGCAAUUUGUAUAUAAAGUGUAUCAUCUAUCCGCAUAGUGUAUAAGUAAUGUUUAAAGUGCAUAUUUGUGGUUGUUAUGAAGCUUAUAUAUAUUUAAAUUUUUGUGGUCUACAGUUUUGGGAUUACUAUGUUCCUUUGAGUGAUCAUUAUAGUACUCGUAUCAGUGUGCAUACAAACUGCAUUAUAGUGAAACAUUUGAAAGAUACUUUGGAUGAUCAGCAGAUUGAGAUGUUUAGAAGAACAGGUUUUGGUUAUUUUGUGGACUUGCUCGAAUUUUUUAUACAGAACCAACUUAUCCAUUCACUAUUGCUUAGGAAAGUAGUGUCACCUAAAUAUGAUGAGUUAUGGAUUAAAAUGAAUGGCAUCAAGUUGCGCUUUGGACUUGAAGAGUUUUGUAUUAUCACAUGUUUAAAGUGUAAUGGUGAUCCUAAUAAGGAUUAUGAAUAUGUCAAAUCAAGUCGGUUGAUGGAAUUGUACUUUCCAAGCAUGUCAAAAGUGUUUAAGAAAUUAUUAACUGACUGUUUCUUAAAAAAGAUGUGAAAAUCUGAUGAGGACGCAUUAAAGAUUACAAUAUUUUAUUUCAUUCACAAUUUCCCAUUUUCUAUUACGAAUGAUGAUUUUAUAACAAAGAAUGAUUUUCUAUUGGUUGAAUCUGGUGAUUUUGAGACUUUCCCUUGGGGGAAAGUGGUUUUUCAAUGCUACGUUGGAGUUAAUGAAAGAUAAGGUUCGUAGUAGGAGAGAGAUGUACCGAUAUGGUGGUUUGCCUUUGGCAUUCCAGUGUUGGUUUUAUGAAUGCUGCCCCUAUACUCGCAAAAAACUCACUUACCGGAUUGGAGAUCUUGUGCCACGCAUACUAAACUGGACUGUAAAGAAGAAGGUGACCUUCAAGAGGUUGAGAAAAGAAUUUUUUCUUUUAAGUCGGGAGCAGAAGAACAAAGUCGCUCCAAUUCCUCAUUUGGAUAGACUUAUGUUCAUGGGGGAGUCAAACCCCGGCUUUGUGAAAGGUAUUCGGCCCUACGGGGAUGAAAGAAAGAACGCUGGGAUUGCGGCUUUGAUUUCUGCCAUUGCAUUUGAGAAAGGCUUGAAGAGGGGCGAAGAGACUUACCUUGCUGCACUCGUUGAAGUCAUGCCAGAUGUGCAGAUUGAGGUCCCGGAUUGUGUUGCAAAUUUGCUGAAGGAAUUCAAAGAUAUGAUGUCUCCAGAAUUGCCAAGGGAGUUACCGGGAGAACCGAGCCUCAGGUUCUAAUAUGCGACCGAAGAUUCAAAUGGCAAGGCCAUGAUUACGAACUUGGAACUAUUGGAUGAAAGACGUGAGGAAGCUUUAGUCCGGUUGGCCGUCCAGAAACAACGGAUAGAGAGAUACUACAACCGAAGAGCCAACCUCCGACAUUUCAAUAUCGGGGACUUGGUGUUGACAAGAGUAACAUUACACACCCGGAACCUGAACGAGGGAAAGCUGGGGCCGAAUUGGAAAGGACCGUAUCGAGUCAUCAGAAUUACCGGUAAAGGCUCAUACAAACACGAAGCGGGAAACGGUGUGCAACUACCGAAUAACUAGAAUGUGACGCACUUAAAGCGGUACUACUACUAAGGUAUGAUCUUAAAUACUCUUUAAUCAUGUUAUGAAUUAGACUAACACUUUCAGGCAACUGACAAGGAUGGAUGUGGCUAUUAUGUAUGAAAGCACGUGUUGCACUCUUUUCCCUUAAACUAGUUUUGUCCCAAAAUGGAUUUUUCGGUAAGGUUUUUAAUGAGGCAAUAGUAAAACAUGCUUACUUAUAUUAGAAGGAAGGUCUCAAACCGGAGUCAAUAGGCGUUCAUUUCGCAUCAAUAGUAUCCGAGCCCUCUCAAGCUCGACCUCGAAUACUAUGGGCCAUUACUCUCGGAUUACGAUUUUCAGCAAGGGAAAAUUUAGCAAGGAAAAAUAAAAACCUUGUAUGGUAAAAGCUAAGGCUCGGUGGUUAGGAUUCAUUGUAAGGGCCAAACGGUCGUGUGAACCGUGCCCACAUAGUCCACUUUAGCCAUGACACAAGCUUUUACGCGUUUUCGAUCAUGUACUUUACACCCAAAAAUGAAAGAAAGUUCCGCCUUACUAUUACACAUUUUCUUUCCUCUUAAAUUCUGGAUCCUAAGAGCCCACGGGCUACCCCUAUUCGAGGACUAUCGAGCCCAAGGGCUACCCCCACUCGGGGACUGUCGUCCGAAAAAAGUUCGAACAACUCGGGUUACUAAAUCUCGGAGGCACCUAACCUAUUAGGUGGUGCCUAAAUACAAAAGGCUACGGCCGCCCUAAAAAUGGCUCGGAGACAUCCGAAGCUUGUAAUCAGAAAGUAAGGCCUUUAUAAAAAUUCGAAACUUGCUAAAAGGUUAUCCUCGGCAAAAUCAUCGUCUAAAAUCACUUACGCAUCUUAAAAUAACUUCCGGUCACACCAAAUCUUCAAAGCCUCGAGCAAACAAAGUUAUAUCGAAGUUAGGCUCCGUUCGGACUCUGAAAAACGAACGUCCUAUAACUACAUUUGAUUCUAUGCUAAGGCAUUAGAAACAUUGCAAGAAUAGAAAUUAUAAAAAGAUGCU